UCGCCACUCUCUUAUUCAGACAACAUCUCAUCACACUCAAUGUUUUAGGACAAGUACUUUACAGAUUCAAAAACUUGGGUAACACGAAAUCUCACCUUGGAAGAACACAAACGCUCGGAACGCAGGAGAGUCAACCAUACACCUCCAUACAGGACCAGCGUCUAGGACUCACCAAUAUGCCUCCAAUUCCUAUUCACACCUCAAGCCCUAUCACGGCAGCAAAGGCGUCAGGAAUCACCCCAAAGACGGCGCACUCAAAUGACCCAGUGGCGCCAGCCGAAGUACCAGCAAGCAAUGAAGUGCCGACGUCCACUUACCCGGCAGCUCAGCCAGGCGCUCGCCCGUCUAUGCCAGCUCCAACUGGGGCACCUCAACCUUCCGCCAACAUCCAGCCAACUCCAACACGGGCGGUUGUAGAUUCGAGCCCUCCGGCCCCGCAACCGGGAGCUGUACCGGAGCCGCAAAACGGAGCGUAUUUACCACCACCUCCAAAGACCGGCGAGACUAUGCGCGAGACACAGACACAGUUUACACCAGCACAGGUGCCCUAUGCGCCUAUAUCCAGUGGGUCUGAGUUCGCCGCUACUCGUUCAGCGACGACUACAGCUCCUGUUCCUGGCCCGUCCCCGAUGGCUGGCCUGGGCCCAACGGGCGUGCCAGGCGGAGGCUCCGGAAGCGACUUUUCUCAUCCACCUGGUUAUCACCAAAACGUGCACGCGUCCGAGUUCUCCAGUGCCCAGCGUGCGGCUCACGAAGCAUCAGUCGCCCAGGAGCGCAGGCCAUCUCUGAUAGGAGACGACGAUGAGGAGGGAGUCUGGUCGGCCGCCAAGAAGUGGGCUUCGGCUGCAGGCGAGAGUCUUGCUGCAGCCGAGCAUGAAGUGUGGAAGAGGAUCAACAAGGAGUAACUGUUGCAUCGUGCAAGCAGCAGCCAACAGCACGGGCUAAGGUAGGGAACGGAAGACCGGUUCGGCAUGAUAGGGCUAUGACCGGGAUACGAUAACAUUAACGUUUCCAUGAGAGUUUGUUAAAUAUAUUAAUGUUUUAAGGGGAUCGGACCCGUUGUGGGCGAUGUUUCUGCUGUUCUAUUUCCAGAAUCUCCAAGCGCUGGGGGAAAGACGGAAACGUUGUGACAGAUACAGAGGGCAGAGGCCUUCCAGAAGUUAUCUUUCCAGGGUGCUAGGUAUGUAACGUAACAAGAAAAUGAAAGAAGUUCAUUGCGGG